GCUUCUUCGCUAUCAUCAAGACAAUUUGAUCACCUUCUCUGAGAUGUUGACGGAAAUGCUUCAUUAUUUGUAACAAAUCCAGUGAAACCUUGAUUUUAAAUGAUAGCUUCGCACAUUCAGUGCUCCAAGGAGUCUCCAGGAUAUGGUCCAGGAGUAUUGGACGGUAUUUUACCCCAGUAGUUUUCCAAGAUAAUUAGGAAUAAUUAUGUGAUAUUGGAUUAUAAGGAUUUAUAAAAAAGCUUGAUGGUUAUAACUUCAGUGCAUGAGUUGAGCAAGUCAGUGCAGCGUCAGUCAUGAUACUACAACAGGUAACCAUAUCCACCCUCCUGGUAACCUUCACCAUCUGCCUCACCAAGGGCCAAGAACUCAACCCAGAGGCCCCCGAACAGAACCUUGUCCUCAGAGCUCUUCAACCACCACCAGUGACAAGUCCAGAUGGCGUUCAAACGAUGCCAAACAACCGACGCAAACGCUGUGGAGGGGGUGGAGGAGGCUGUGGAUGUGGAGGGGGUUGUUCCCAACCAGCCCCUGCGAAGGUCUACAACGUCCACAUCCAAGUGCAGGUGAAGAAGGCACCAGCCAGACCACCUCCAAGGAUGGUACAUAGACCUGCUCAGGUUGCUUAUGUUCCGGUCGCUGUGGUACCAGUGCAAACCUACCAUCCUGCCCCCACUUGUUGCGGUGGAGGGGGUGGUGGCGGUUAUGGAGGCGGUGGAGGAGGAGGAGGAAAAGGAAAGUGGGGAAAAUGAUUUUUUUUGCUCAAGAUUUUUUUGUCUUAUUAUGAAAUACAUUUGUUGAGAAAACCAAAUUUCGUAUGGAUUUAUUAUUUCCGGUUCUCUGGUGAUUCAAUUCAAUGUUUGUUCAAAAGAGUUUCGUUUUGCAUAAAUACUUAUAGAAUUUCGUUGAUUCUCUAAAUUUCCUCAUUUAUCAUAAAAAUGACAAUUUGAUACUUUUUGUAUCUUUCAUGAAAUGUCUUUCAAGUACGAAUAAAUGAAAUACAUUAU